AUGGAGGAGCUACACCAGUGUGGGGAGCUACGUCGUGGGCCCAGCCAGUCCCACAAGAAGGGCGCCACCCACAGCAGGCCCUCCACCCAGCUCAGCACCUGGCACACCACCUGCAGAAGGCCUGCCACCCAGCACAACACCCAGCACACCAGUCCUACCUUUGGGCUAAACGGAGCCACCACAACCUUCCAAAGGCUGGUUGACCGAGCCCUAGCCCAUGUGCCUAAUUUAAAGAUGAAUUAUCCUCAGACAGAGGGGGAAGAAAAAGUACUGAAUGAUGAGCUAGAAUGUAAAAUCUGUUAUCAGAAGUUUAACGUUCACAGCCGGAAACCCAAGAUCCUGGAUUGCCUCCAUAGGGUGUGUGCUAAAUGCCUGACAAAAAUCCUCCACAUGGGCGAUGGCUCCCUGUGCAUCAGCUGUCCCUUCUGCCGCCAUGAGACCGAACUGCAGGAAGAGGAAGUAGAAGGGCUCCCCGACGAUACAAAUGUUAUGUACAAACUUGUGGCCAAGGAAAAAACAGCAUGGAGCUCAGACUGCAAAGAAGUGGUCUUGACACCCAAGAACCUGGAUUCCUCGAGUCCUUCUCAUGGGUCCUCAAACUGCCUGGUGAUCACCAUCAUGGAAGUGCAGAGAGAUUCCACGAGGACUCCCAGCCAAAACACUCUAUCGGAUUACUACACUGACCACAGCCUUGACUCAGCAUCUGUAAACUCUCACAGCCAUCUCGAUCAAGACAUUUUCUCUAAACUCUGUAACCACGUCCCCAGAAUACUAGUGUGGCUCCUGGGGGUUUUCUACUUUGGCUCUUUGCCACUUGGAAUCUAUUUGUUGGUUAUUCAGAAAGUGACCCUUGGGAUCGUCUGCGUCAGUCUUGUUCCAUCCAGUCUGACAGUGUGUCUCGUGUAUGGCUUCGGUCAAUGCCUCUGCCAGGGAAUGUGUGACUGCUCGUCUAGAAACUGA